UCCCCUGCAUCUUCUUCUCGGGACUUCGGGAACCAGAGCGACCAAAAAUUGCACUCGGGCAAACACCUCAGGCUGUGGUUCAUCUUUCUCCCUUUGAUAUACAUUGAAGUAUUACCUACAAAAGCGGACCUUGUAUCGCUUGUCUUGUCUGCAAUCCUCGUUCCUUCCAUCUCCAACCAAAGCACAAUGUCUGCAGCCAAACCACCCACGGUGCUCACGAUAGCUGGCAGUGAUCCCUCUGGUGGAGCGGGCAUCGAAGCCGACCUCAAGGUCAUUACUGCGCACGGUUGUUAUGGCAUGACCACGAUCACCGGCUUGACAGCGCAGAAUACUCUCGGGGUUCGAGAUAUCUUCGUCAUUCCGGCCGAGUUUGUCAAGAAAUCUCUCGAUGCGGUGUUUGAAGACAUGCCGGUCGACGUCGUCAAGACGGGCAUGUUGACGUCGGCAGCCACUAUCGAGGUUGUGGCCGACGCUAUGAAGCAGUGGAAAGUGGAGAAGUUGGUCCUUGAUCCAGUCCUGAUAUCAACAUCUGGCGCCCAUUUGGUUCCGAGCGACGCUCUGGAAAUGCUGAGAGAGGUUUUGCUACCGAUGGCAUUCAUCGUGACUCCGAACCUGGCAGAGGCGCAGGUCCUGGCAGGAAUUACUGAGUUUCGGGAGGUUGUCACUGUCGCGGAUCUCAAGUCACUUGCCUCGCUCAUCGGAACGCUGGGGCCGAAAUACGUGCUGGUUAAGGGCGGCCAUUCUCCGCUGAUGAAGGAUGGAACGCUUCCGCCACCGGGGAAGACGCCAGAGAUUGUCGUCGACGUCCUGUUCGAUCCGAAGACACACAAGUUUGAGAUAUUCGAGAAGCCGUACGUAGAUAGUACGAGCACUCACGGCACCGGAUGUUCGCUGGCUGCGGCUAUUGCGAGCAACCUGGCGAAGGGCCAAGGGAUUUCCGAUGCUAUCAGAGAGGCGGGGCAGUAUAUCUCGUGGGCGAUCGAAACUGCUCCAGGCUUUGGCAGCGGAAAGGGGCCGCUGAACCACCUGCACAGCAACUACAUGGUUCCUUUCGCACCUGGUCAUUUUCUGGAUUACCUCAAGGGCCACCCCAAAGUCCAAAAGGUCUGGGAGGGAUACACCAGGCAUGAGUUCAUCAAGCGACUGGGUGCUGGAACCUUGACUGAAGAUCAGUUUGCCUACUACCUGAGACAAGACUAUCUCUUUCUGACCCAAUUUGCCCGCGCCCAUUCUCUCGCCGGCUCCAAGGCGAACCGCAUGGAAGACACCCUCGCGGCGGCCAAGAUCGUGCAACACAUUUACGAAGAGUCGCGUCUGCACAUCAACUACUGCGAGGGCUUCGGCAUCAGCAAGGAAGACAUCGAGGCGACCGAAGAGGACAUCGCGUGCACCGCCUACACGCGUUACGUUCUCGACAUCGGCAACUCGCACGACGUACUCGCCCUACACGUCGCAUUGGCGCCGUGCCUAUUCGGCUACCACGAGAUCGGCGCAUGGCUCCUCGCGGACGCCAACACGAAGCAUCACGACAAUCCGUACUACAAGUGGAUCCUGGUCUAUGGCCAGUCCGAGUCGUAUCUCAACGCCGUGCGGGAGGGCAGAGCGUUCUUGGAGAGGAAGGCGCGCGCCGCCGGCCCAGAUCGCCUCGAGGAGUUGGUCGAUAUCUUUGCCCAUGCGACGAAGAUGGAGAAGGGCUUCUGGACUAUGGGGUUGGAGGGCCCGGCGAGAAGGUUGGGCACCUCCGAGUGAAUUUGCGUGAGCUGGACGUUCUUAUGCG